AGUACCCUAUUUAUGCUGGAAAGAACAUCGGCCGUCGCAGGCACCUGUUGCUCGUCACCACCACGGCGAGCGCAAUGGUGAUCAUGGCCACCUACUGCCUCUCUUCUGCCACGCUCCUCCUCGCCUUCCUCCUCCACGCGCCGGGGCUCGCCACUGCGCAGCCGCUGCCGUGGCAGCUCUGCAACGACACCGCCGGCAACUACACGGAGAGCAGCGCCUACCAGGCCAACAUCCGCCGCCUCGCGGCCGCGCUCCCGGGCCGCGCGUCUUCGUCCCCAGCGCUCUUCGCCACCGGCUCCGCGGGCGCGGCGCCGGACGCCGCCUACGCCCUCGCGCUCUGCCGCGGCGACACCAACGCCUCCUCCUGCGCGCGCUGCCUCGCCGCGGCGUUCCAGGACGCGCAGCAGCUCUGCGCGCCCAGCAGGGGCGCCACCAUGUUCGACGACCCCUGCAUCCUCCGCUACGCCGACUGGGACUUCCUCUCCAACGCCACCGACAACAGGGGGGUGAUGGUCGCCUGGAGCUUCGACAACGUCACCGCGCAGGCGGCGCCGGCGUUCGACGCCGCCUCCGGCAGGCUCGUCAACGCCACCGCCGACCACGCGGCGGCGGACCCGGCCAGGCGUUUCGGCACGGGGGAGGUCGCGUUCGACGAGACGUACCCCAAAAUUUACUCGCUGGCGCAGUGCUCGCCGGACAUGGCGGCGGCCGACUGCCGGGCAUGCCUCGGCAGCAUCAUCAGGAGGUUCACGCCCACGUAUUUCACCGGGAAGCAUGGCGGGAGAGUUUUCGGAGUGCGCUGCAGCUUCCGGUUUGAAACGUAUCCUUUCUUCUUUGGUCGCGCGCAGCUGCAACUGCCGGGACCGCCCGGACCGCCGCAAGUGAACAUGACGACGCCACCGGCGAACGGCCGAAGAACAAGACAAAAAACAGAACGGGUCUUGGCCAUUGCAGUGCCCUUAGCUGCUGCAGUAUUAGCUCUCACAGUGGCAUGCUUUUGCUUUUGGAGUAGGAGAACACCAGUACAGAAGGUCUCAGGGAAAACAUAUUCUACUUAUUCAGAAGACACUGAAAGCAUUGAUUCACUCCUUGAUCUAUCGAUGCUACGGGCAGCAACAGAUAACUUUUCUGAAAGCAAUAAGCUUGGUGAGGGAGGGUUCGGUGCGGUUUAUAAGGGAACCCUUCCUGAUGGUCAGGAAAUAGCAGUGAAGAGGCUCUCACUUAGCUCCGGACAAGGGGUAGAAGAGCUGAAAACUGAGCUAGAAUUAGUUGCCAAGCUUCAACACAAGAAUCUAGCGAGGCUUAUUGGCGUUUGCUUGCAAGAAGAUGAGAAACUACUUGUCUAUGAAUACAUGCCAAACAGGAGCCUGGACACCAUUAUUUUCGAUUCACAGAAAAGCAAAGACCUGGAUUGGGGGAAGAGAGUCAAGAUUGUAAAUGGAGUCGCUCGAGGCUUGCAGUAUCUCCAUGAAGAGUCUCAACUGAAGAUAGUUCAUCGAGACCUCAAGCCAAGCAAUGUGCUACUUGACUUAGAUUACAAUCCGAAGAUUUCAGACUUCGGCUUAGCAAAACUCUUCGACAGAGAUCAAUCCCAAGGUGUCACUAGUCGCAUUGCUGGAACGUAUGGAUACAUGGCCGCAGAAUACGCGAUGCGCGGGCAGUAUUCGGUCAAGUCCGACGUGUUCAGUCUCGGCGUUCUGAUCUUAGAGAUGGUCACAGGGAGGAAAAACAGUAGCUUCGCUGACUCGGAGCAACCUGUUGAUCUCUUGAGCCUAGUCUGGGAGCACUGGACCACGGGAGCAAUCGAAGAGCUGCUGGAUCCAUUCCUGGGACGCCGAGCUCCUCGUGACCAGAUGCUGAAGCUUGUCAACAUUGCGCUACUGUGUGUUCAGGACAGCCCUGCAGAUCGGCCGAUGAUGUCGUCUGUAAAUGUCAUGCUCAGCAGCGACACGGUCUCCCUACAGGUCCCGUCGAGGCCAACAUUUUGCAUUCAGGAGAUGGAAGAUGGCUCGAGUUUUUACUCGCAGUCUGCCAGCAAGGAGUCUAGGGCAACGAUGUCGCCGAAUGAGGCGUAGCUCACAGAGGUGGUUGAACCGAGAUGAAGACGAGCCUUAGUUUGAAGGAACCCCACGCAGUCAUGGAUGGAUAAAUAGAUCUCCUGGUGGUUGGUGAAAUAGUACCCCAUGCACUUUACACGGAUCCACACGUCAGCGGUUGAGCCCCCUGCAGUACUGCAGACUCAUCCUGCAUUUCGACCUACCUUUUAAUCUUGCAUUAAUCAUAAUGUGUUAUGUCAGUUGUAAUUUUGUUACUUUUCUUUCGUUGUUUUUUUUUCUUUCCGUCUAAUAAAAAUUCGGCAAAGCUCUUGCCAUGACGUGUCA